AUGGGUUCCGGUGCGAGCACACCCAGGAACGAUGAGUCCGCAAUGAUUACCCGGGUCGCCCCUGCUAGUCAGGCUGUGUCCGAAGCAAACACAGUGAGUGCGGCGGGUUUCCCUGAGGCCAAGAGCUCUAAGUCUCUCUUCAAGAUUGGUUCUCUAUCGGAUAGGGCAACUUGCGAGCAAGUCCUGCAGGCGCUUAUGGACGGAAACGAGCGUUUCCUGAAGGGCGCCAGCGCCCGUCCACAUCAGGAUUUCACCCGCGUCCAACAAAUAUCAGAAAAACAGAAGCCGCACUCCGCGAUUCUCGGCUGUGCAGAUUCGCGGGUACCAGCGGAGAUUGUGUUCGACCAAGGGUUUGGUGACGUCUUUGUCUGCCGUGUUGCUGGAAACAUCGCCACGGCAGAAGAAAUUGCAAGUCUUGAAUAUGCUGUUUUGGAUUUGGGCGUUAAAGUUGUAAUGAUCCUCGGACACACAAAGUGUGGAGCGGUCAAAGCGGCGCUCUCGGGCAAGGCCUUCCCGGGUUUCAUUGAUACCCUGGUGGACCAUAUUGAAGUGGCUAUCGCGCGUGUGGACGGCGGGUCAGGCAAAGCGAUACAGAAGGGGAAUGGAACCGCGGAAGUGGUGGAUAAGGUGGUAAGGGAAAACGUAAAGUACCAGGUCCAACGAUGCCAACGGUCCACCAUAAUCCAGGAGGGCAUCCAGAAAAGGACGUUGAUGCUGGUGGGGGCAGUGUACAAUCUGGAAACUGGAAAGGUUUCUGUGAUUGUGACAAAGGGUGGCAACAACCUGGACGAUGGUAUGAGGUGAAGGAUGCAUAGAUGGACGAAUAACACAGGUCGGCAGAGCACAAUGAGGGUGCGAGCCAGCGGUGCGAUGUAGGUCGAUGCCCUCCCCUACACACCAGAGGAGGGUGCGUCAAAAAGCGGUGACAGCCAUCGUAUUCAGGUCCGUGGCGGUUGGGUUGCCAGCAGGACAUCUCCAGCAAGCUGCUUGCUGCCUUACACUACCGGCGAAAGAGAAGAGAAAGACUGCCGCCCGCAUGCCCUAUUGGGCGUCGGCGACUCUGCCACGCGCUGCAACCAAUAAGUUUCCGGCGGGAGGAGGGUGCGGGGCGGUACGGGGCGGGGAAACCUGCGCACCGUCGCCGCUGCCAAGCAGAUCCCAUGGAAAGGAGGCGCUAACUAUUUGCGGCAUCUUUUUAAGGUUAAGGUGGAUAUGAAGCUAAGUUCGUCUGCAGAUGUCCUGUACAGCCAAGGGUCCUGAAAUUGGGCGCGGUGUGUGCAUCGAAACAAUAUAUAUUU